AAACCGUUGGCGGUUGAUUGGCUAGUUUCACGAGCAGGGGUUCAUCUGCUGGAAUAUUCUAAUUUUUGCACGAGUUUGAGUGGUUUUUUCAAAAAAACCUAACGAUAUGUCACAACUCUUACAUAGACUUCACUUGGUGAUAUAUUCAUUCCAGUCCAUACCUUUUGUUCUGUAAUUCACACAACGCGUAUGGGAAGUAAAUUCGAUCGAGUUGCAAUAGUUUGUUGUUGUAUGUUUACAAAGCGAAUUCGUGUUUGGAGGAUCUUUACCUAUGGAAACUAUGGAUGCUGAUUCUCUGAAAGGAAGCCGUAUGAGGAGGUAUUCUUUAAAGUUAUCAUUACAUAGUUCAAGUCUACACUGAGCUCACGUUACAAUGGGAAAAUGAAAUUUAGUAAACUGUGAAAUUUAUUCAAUUCACGAGCACUAGCACAAGAUGGUACACGUACUAACCUUGAAUAUAAAAUUACCAAUAUAUUUAUUUUUUGUGGUCAUUGCACCUAUUUGUUUGAGAUAUAAUACACUCUUUUUCUUACUUGUUUCAUAUUUUACGGGAAAGUGGAUAUACUUUCUGUACAAGAAAGACUACAUAAAAUUAAGUACAUUAGGUAUGCAUGCUUCGAGUAUAUUUCUAAAUCAUUUCUAUUUAAAUGGAAAUGAUUGUUAGAAAGAUUAUAUGAAAGUCUCAGAAAUUUUUAAGUCACAGAAAUGUACACAGAGGAUUUUUUUUUCUGGAAUUGAUCUGUUUAAGAUCACAUGAAUGUCAUAUUAAUGUCAACCAUUUUGGAGGAGAAUUACAAAGGUGGACCAUAUGUCAUCUACAAUCUGUAGUUUAUUGGGCGUCUAUCAUCCAUAGUCCUUAAAUUCAGACCAGAACUCUGACUUAACAACUGAUCUACGAAUCUGCAGUAUUUUGAUUGACUGUGAAUAUAUGAAAACCAUGUAUGUGAACUGCAGAUAUAGAUCACUUUCAUAUAUCAUCUGCAGGUCACAUAUAUGAUUUUCAUAUAUUCACAGUCAUUUAUUCAUUACUUCAUGGGUUUAUUUUUAACUGACAUAUUGACAAGCUCCCAGUUGGCUUUUUAUCUCGAUUGGUAAAGCACUGUACAGAUAUCGUAGAGGUCACAGGUUCAAAUCACAAACUUUUGAAUUAACACUUUAACUUCUAGAUCAAAUUUGUAAUUCUCCUCACUGUCAACAAUACAAUCAUCAUAAUGUUAGUUUAGAGAAUUUAGUAAUGGAUCAACUAAUUAUUCCCAAAUUUAUAUUUUUCUUUAUCCUCAUCACUCUUUUCUGGUUGAUAUUGUAUUGAUAUUGUAAAGAGAAAUUCUGUCUUGGUCACUCAUGGGAGUUAAAGGGUUAAAUGAGUGGUACAGUGAAAUGCAACCCUGUAACUUGACCAGUCAUAGCUAACUAGGAGAUAGAAUAAUGUAGGUUAAUGUGAUGGUAGUAACACCAAGGAUUUGGUAUCUUUUUUUUUUUUAAACCUCAGGAUUCUUCAGCUGGGAACUUUUGUUGUAUUUGUGUGGUGGGCAGCAGUAAUCAAGUCUGUUAGUGCAGUAUUCACCUUUAUAUUUGGGAAAGAUUAUAGGCUUGCCAUGUUUGGUAAAAACAUAAAAAAGAACUUGUUCCUCCUUGAUGAAAGCAUUGUAGUGACUAACAAUGGAUCAUAUGGUACUAUUCCUAAGAAGGUCAAAGAAACACAAUGGAAGUAUCAGGUAAUUUUAACAUUAAUUAACGGUUUUUUGGUGUUUGAAUUUCUCUGAGUGUUUUACUACAGAUAACCCUCCACAAAAACUUACUUCAGGGUUAACUUCAGAUCUUAUCAGUAAUUCUCCUUACUGUCUGCCAAUUUUACAAUUUUGAUGAUGUUAGCUUGGCCAAUUUGGUGGUGGAUCAACUGGAUCAAUAUCAGUAUCUGGGCAACUGCCCACCUACCCCUCCCCUAAUCCAACAUUAACCUUAAAUUGUUGUCAAUUGACUGUUGUUGAGCUAGGGGAGGGGUAGGUGGGCAGUUGCCCAGAUACUGAUAUUGAUCCGAUCAACUUAUAAUCCCAUAAUGGAUAUUUUUUUUAUUCUCAUUUCCUGUUUGCUUGAUAUUAUAUUGAUAUCAUAAGGAGAAAUUCUGUCCAACUCUUGGCCACCCAUGGAGGUUAAAGUGUUAAGUGACUUCUUUCAGAAGUAAAACUUAAUCUGUAUCACACCUGCUAACUGAUUUUUUUUCAGCUUUUAAAAGUAAUUUUCCAACCACUCAGUGUCUGCUGUCACUGUAAUGAAGAAGAAAAAGAAAUAAUGAAGUUAGCAAUGCAGAUUAUGUUGAAUUUGUAAGCUGUUUUUAUUGUUUUGUUUCUUUUUUUUUGUUCAGGAAGAGAUGGAAAGAUGUCCUGAUAUCUGGUUCAGAUAUAAGGUGAAAAAUCUUUGGAAUUCAUCUCUGGAAACUGUGGCCAAGUUUGUUGGAGCAAAUGUGAAAGAUCUUGUAUUCAUAGCCAAUGCCACAUCAGGAAUUAAUGCAGUUUUGCACAGUGUUAAUUUUCAAGAGGGGGAUGGAAUCCUGAUAACAAAUCAGACCUAUGGUGCUGUCCAAAUGACAGCUCAGGAAAUCUGCCAAGAAAAGAAGGCAAAGUUGCUAGUGCUCAAUGUCACAUUUCCAACUUCAGACAUGACUGGUUCUAUUAAGUACCAAGUUACUGAAAUUGUGGAACACUAUGAGAAAGUUUUGCAAGAGAACACAAAUGUAAAGUUAGUGAUCAUUGAUGCAAUCACCAGUAUAAGUGCAUUGAAGCUUCCAAUUAAAAAGCUAUCAGAGGUUUGUCACAAGCACAAUGCUUUGGUGUUGAUCGAUGGUGCUCAUGCUCCUGGACAAAUCCCAUUGGAUCUUGAGAGGAUUGGUGCAGACUUUUUUGUGGGUAAGUUAACCCUUUACACCCAAAUAUCAGUAUCCACAUUCUCUGUACUCUUCUCUGUACAUUUCCUUUAGUACUGACUAGGAGAAUUGGUUUAACAAUCAAAGCUUCUUAGGUUGGUGAUCAUUCCCUUUAUUCUCUUGAUCUUAAUGAUUAAUUCAGCCAUUAUGUUAAAUCGUUUAUUAAAAAAGAAACACCUCGCAGUCCGAAGACUGAAUUACAUAUAUAAUAUACAAGUUAUAAUUAAAAUGGAUUUAAAAAACCAUAAUAAUAGAAAUGUACAAUUUAAUAAAAACAUUUCACAUAGGAUAACCUUGUGUUAGGAAAAUAUACAUACUUAAACAAAUUCAUUUACAUACUUAGGCUAUGACUAACAAUAAAAGAUUUUUUAAGAUGAUCAGUCUUGCACACUGGCACGUAAAACUUUAUUGCUCUAUUGCUUUCUAUUGCUCAUUAGGUCUGUAACUGUUUUCAUUUUUGUCACCAGUUUAUAGUCUCCAUGUGUGGGCUGGGGCAAGGGAAAGAAAAAUAUGCAGGGUGAUUACUGGAAUGAAAUAGAAACAAUCUUUUCACUUCCUUUCAAACUUGUUGAACAUUUUUGGAAAAUCUCUCCUGGUUCUAUAACUGAUUUCGACUCAGGAUGGUUUUGACUGUUGACCCCACCCUAGCAGAAUACAGGACUAUAAAGGUGCAAUAGUAGGGGGGUAGGGUAGGGUAGGGGUAAAAUCCUCACAUGGGAGAUGUUUCCUUGUUCUAUACCUGCUAUGAUUCCUUGUUACCUUUCCUAAAUGUUUAUUGUAAGUUUUAAAUACACUUGCAGAUCUUUUUCACUGACAGUAAAACUUGGUAAAUGAAGUUUUCUUAUUUUCCUUUCUAGGGAAUCUUCAUAAAUGGCUCUUCUCCCCUCGUGGCUGUGCUAUUCUAUGGGUGAGUCCCAAAUUCCAUGAUGUCAUCAUCCCUCAAGUUGUUUCAUGGUACCAUGACAAAAAUCUUCAGGACAGGUUCUUUCAACAGGGUACUAUAGAUCACACUUCUUAUACUUCAGCUGCAGCUGCUGUGCAGUUCUAUAGAGAAAUUGGUGGCAUGGUGAGUACAUAGUUCUCUUGAUUUUCUCCUGUGCAAUCUUUGUGCAACUGGAAAUCAGUGGCCAACAAUUUAAGGAGACUGAAUGAGGAAAAGGGGUCUUGUUUGAAAGUAAUGUGAUUGGUCAGAAGUAGGCACAGAUGACAGGCACAGAUGACAGUCAAAUGUCCAGGGGGAGGCGGGAGAUAGGGGAGAUAAUGUAUUGAUGCUUGGAAUUGAUCAGCACAUUAAAAUGAAAUGUGUGGCAGUUAGAAAGUAGGAUAAUCAAUCAAUGGUGAUCUUGACAGCCAAUAGCUAAGAAGAGGUGUAAUAUCUAUUGUAACUAGGGUGCAAUAACAAAGUACAACAGCCAGCUUGCAACUUGGGCAUCAACAACAUUAGCUGAAACUUGGGACACAGAGGUUCUUCCCAUUCCAGAGUCAAUGCGUGCUCCAUUUAUGGCUGUCAUCCGCCUCCCUGGAGAACUGUCUGCAGCCUAUGGAGCCACACAAGAAGGAGCAGACAAGAUGAUGUCUGAUGUAUACCACAAGUACAAUUUUAUUGCAUGUUUUAUCAGCAUUCAGGCAUCUUUGUGGUGCCGAGUGUCAGUUCAAGUGUAUAAUGUGAAAGAAGAUUACAUGCAGCUUGGUGAUGUGGUCCUUCAGUUGAAAGAGGAAUGUGUUAAUGGUUUCUGUCCUAAAGUGGAAAAGGCUGCUGAACCUAACAGAUGGUCAUGGUAUGAAGACCCACAAUUAAGUUUCUAGAUGUGAGAGAUGUUCAGUUAAAAAUGAACACAGGCGCGGGACAUAGAAUUCACUGAAUGCUUUAAGUAGAGAAGUGUUCGAUUAGAAACAAACACAGGCACGGGAUACAGAAUUCACUGAAAUGAUUUAGUAGAGAAGUGUUUGGUUAGAAACGAACACAGGUAUGGGACACAGAAUUCACUGUAAUGCUUUAAGUAGAGAAGUGUUAGAUUAGAAACAAACACAGGCACGGGGCACAGAAUUCACUGAAUGAUUUAGUAGAGAAGUGUUCGGUUAGAAACGAACACAGGUACAGGACACAAUUCACUGUAAUGCUUUAAGUAGAGAAGUGUUUGGUUAAAACAAAUACAGGCACGGGACACAGAAUUCACUGUAAUGCUUUAAGUAGAGAAGUGUUUGGUUAAAAACAAAUACAGGCGUGGGACACAGAAUUCACUGUAAUGCUUUAAGUAGAGAAGUGUUUGGUUAAAAACAAAUACAGGCACAGGACAUAGAAUUCACUGUAAUGCUUAAAGCAGAAUUCUGAACUCUUCCAUUUAGUUACCUGCUGCUCUAUUACAUACCUACACAAAAAUAUCAUAAUCUCUGGUGUUUUUUUUUCUGUCAUUUGAUCUGAAAAGUGGAAAAAAGAGAUGAACUAAAAGUCUUCUUAUUAUAAAACACUUUCAUUGGUCAUAAUUAUUGUCCAUGAAACAACCUAAUUUAAUUAUCACUCAGUCCUAGUGCAAAGUUUGUUUUGUGUACAUUUCAGGCAUGCAAGUGAAAUGAAGACAUUUUCACGCACAUCAAUUGUAAUCUCAAAAUUACUUGAAGUUAACAUGUAUCACAUAUACAAAACCUACUUGGGUUAUUUUAUCAUUCAUAUUCCAAAAUUUGGUGCAAGACAUGAAGUUAACAAAAAAUAAAGCAAU